GUCUGGGUGAAGCGUUCUUCAGUUUUUGUCCGUGAUAAGAGUGAAGUAGGAAAGAGAGAGAAAACAAGCAGCUUGACAAUGGUGUAGACAGGUGGAUUUGAAGUUUGUGAAAACAGUUUUGGAAAGUGAACUGCCAACGCGAAAGACAGUGACCUCAGGUGCCAAGGAAGGGACGAGCCAUGGAACCCAUAACGACUCAGCCACUGACCCAAUUUGCCAUGACCCCCUUGGCCGGUCAGCACAUACCCCCGGGCUUGGAAUACUUGGCACAGCUUGAUCAGGUCCUGAUUCAACAAAUCAUCUCACUGUGUGAAUUGCUCAGCGGAUGCGAGGCGAAGAACAAGUACAUCCUGAAGAACUCCAUGGGUCAGGAGUUCCUCACGGCAGAGGAGGAGAACGACUUUUGCUCGCGACAGUGCUGUGGCAACAUCAGGGGCUUCGAGAUGCCCUUCGUCGACAACAACGGCGCCGAGGUCCUUCGUAUAUCCCGGCCCCUCAGGUGCAACUCUUGCUGUACGCCGUGCUGUAAUCAAGAAAUGGAGAUAUUCAGCUACGGCCAGUUGCUGGGGUCAAUGCACCAGGAGUGGAACUUCUGGAUGCCCAUGGGCACGACUUACACCGUCAAGAAUGCCUCUGGCGAUCGGGUAUUCACGAUCGUGGCUCCUUGCUGCCCGUGCAGCUGCGGAAGCGACGUCGUCUUCGAGGUCAUAGGAUCGGAAGGAAACGUAGGGACCAUCCGUAGGACCUGGAAGGGAUGCUGCACAGAAUGCUUCACAGAUGCGGACAAUUUCUGUGUGACGUUCAGCCUUCAAAUGGACGUGCGCCACAAGGCUCUGAUCCUCGGUGCAGCAUUUCUGAUUGACUUCAUCUACUUCGAGACGAAUCAGCAGUAAGAAAUGAACGGAACUUUACGACGUAGAUUCUGCAGAACUUUCGCGAUUAAUGACGUCAUCAUUUUCAGGUGGUGAAUUUCACGACGAGAUGUCAGCUACAGAUCCUUUGCUGCUGUAUAUGGCGACGAUAAGACUAAAUUUUAAAGUUACUCUUUUUUUAUCACUUGGUAUUUUUUAAUAUCACUUUAUAUUUUGAAGACUCUCAAUUUUAAAAUUACUCUUCUUGUUUAUCACUUGAUAUAUUUUAUAUCACUUUAUAUUUUGUAGACUUAAUUUCAAACUGAUUCUUUUAUUAUAUAUCACUUGAAAUUUUGUAGAAUCUUAAGUGUGGAAGUCUUAGACAAUGAUUUAUGUAUUGGUAGUUUAAGGAAGGGUUGAUUCAGCUUAUUACAAAAAGAUAUAAAUUUAUGAUUACAUGAUAAAUUGUUGAGUAUU